AUGGACAGGAUUGUCGGUGCGGUUGAAAUAUCAAAUCCAAAAAUGUCUGGGUCUGGAAGACUGCAAGUUUGUCAUGCUUGUCUGGCAUGAUUCGAGAAUCUGUGUUGCAUAGGCACGAAGAGGCCCGCUUACCUGUCAUGCAACAACGCAGUUUGCCAUGGCAUGCGGAAUACGUAGAACAUGGGAGCCAAAAAAUUUGUCAUGCAUAGCUGCGUAUUGCAAUUGCAGUGCGUCUCCUAUUCACUUUUCGCAUGACAUGUUUCCAGACCCAGACAUUUUUGCAAUCCAUAUGAAAAUGGCGGUUCUUGCUCGUCCGGCGAGGACCCGCGAGCGCAGCUGCUCGAGAUGUGGUGCCGGGCUCCUGGCGAAGUUGGGGGGCUUCUUUUCGACGACAAAACGUGGGAAAACAAGGAUGAAGAGACGAGGUG